AUGGCUGUCGAACGGCUCGUAGAUGAGAUUCGGCUGAUGAAGCAGAUGGCCGACACGCGCGCUGAUCUGUCUAAGGCGACGAAGACAAAGGUUGGAGGAGCCUUCAGGCAGAUCCUGACCUGGGAGAUCCAACCAAGACCGAAGCCCAGGACCUUCGCGCAAGCGAAGGUAAUGGACAGGGCGGGUGCUCAGGCUUGUGCUCAGCAGCAGGCGGAAGCGGAUGCGUGGGCGUGGCCUUUUGGCCAAGCCCUAGCGGAACUCCAGCUUCAGGCUAAGGCCAUGCAGGAAUUAGAGGCAGCACAUGCUCGGGCACAGGCAGCACAUGCUCGGGCGCUGGCAGAAGCGGAGGCGAGGGCUCGGGCUUUUGCUCAGGCCCAAGCGGAAGCGGAAGCGCAGGCUCUGGCGCGGGCCAAGCAGGCACAGGUGGAAGCUGAGGCUCGUGAACGAGUUCAGGCGGAAGCGGAUGUGAAGGCGAGGGCUUUUGCCCAAGCCCAAGCGGAAGCCGAUGCCACAGCUCGGGAACUUGCCGGUGAUGCGGACAAGCAGAGGCUGUCACAGGCCACAGCUGAGGCAAUUGCGAAAGCAGAUGCCGACGCUCAGGCUCAGGCGCAAGCCAGAGCCCAGGCGGAGCAGAAGAACGCCCGGCUUCUAGCAAAGAAGCGGGCAAAAGCUGAGGCUAUCGCGCAAGCUCUGGCCCAAGCUCUGGCCCAAGCUCUGGCCCAGGCUCAGGCCCAGGUCUCGGCUCAGGCGAAAGCCCAAGCCGAGACUCCGGUGCAACUUGCGCCGAUUACUUCUGCUCCUGGGCCAGCACCUGCCCCUGUCCAGCCACAGCCGCUGCAGGCUGAAUCUCAGAGGGAACAGUCGCCGGUACCGGGGCCAGUGAUCUCGUCCGCGCCUCCGACGAUCGUCGCCCAGACCGAGCAGCAGCGUCAGCAGCAGUUCGAGACGAGUCUGAGAAUCUACGAGGAGCGGCAGAUCCAAGCGCUGCGAAGCGGCAGUCGCAGCAUCAGCCAGAAGCCAGCAGCACCCCUCUGA